AUGGCGUACUCGAGUUAUGAAAACAGCGCUCAGAAUUUCUCUGAGGAGGCAUUAGAGGAAGAAACUGUGGUUCUCACAUUGGUUCCAGUUAAUGAAGAAACUAAUGAAGAACAUCAGGUGGAACCAAGUGUUUCUUCAACUUCAGAAGUUGGCCUGGAGAUGCCUGGGACAAACGAUAAAGUUUGUCAUCUUCAAAUGAAUGAACAAUUCAAGUCUUGUCCAAAACAUAGUUGUUAUAAUACACGAAUCCUUCCCUUGCCAACCAGUUUGCCUCCGGUUAAUAAAGUACGUUGGGACACUUUGCGAAACUGGUGCCAACAAUUUAAUUUGAGUACCGAUGGCCGGAAAAUAGAUGUUUAUUUGAGGCUCCAGAAACAUGCUUACUCUGAAAUAAACGAGAAUAUUCCUAAAAUAUCACCAGAGGCCAAAUUGCAGUCAUGUUCCACAAAAUGCAAGAUGGCAACCAAGAGAGCAAGGAUUCGGAAACGUUGUAAGAAGAGUGAAAGAGAGGAAGGGAUUAAUAUAGUUGAAGUGAUAACUUCAGCACAAGAAGGCAUGUUGGCAGCGUGGUCAAGAAUUGCUGCAAGAGCCAGUCAAUCCAAGUCUGUGAAUUCACGUCCCAUUCCUGUUUCCGUUGAGACUUUUCUGCUGCAAGCCUCUGGUGUCAGGUGGUGUGUGGUCCAUGGCAGACCUCUCUUGGCAGACACAAAAGGUUGGGUUCGCCUGCAGUUUCAUGCAGGUCACGCCUGGGUGCCUGACACCCCCAAGAGGAUGAUUUCUCUCUUCCUGUUGCCCGCCUGUACUUUCCCAUCCCCGGGCCUUGAAGAUAAUAUGUUAUGCCCUGAAUGUGCUAAGAGGAAUAAGAAGAUAAUGAAAAGAUUAAUUGCAAUGGGGAAGGAGAGGCGACGUGGCUUGAAUACAUCAACAUCUUUCCCUUUGAGUGGGCCAUAUUUUAAUAAAGAAUAAAUGGUGGAGAUCCUGUGGCUACUAUUGAUUUUCAUCACAGUGACUGUCGUGCUCUGUCCUGACCAUCCUCAGUGUUGCCUGAGGCCUUGGGCACAGAUGUGAGUGUCUAGAUUCUGU